UAACGUCGGAGCCGUGUGCGCGGCGGUGGCCACGCAUAUGCUCGCGGGGGUGCGAAGAGGAGAGGAGGCGACGGUCUCGUCUCCGCCAGAGCCGAUGAGGAUUUAGGUUCGGGCUCGCUGUCCGGCUCGGUGGCCUCCAGGAUGUACGGGGAUGGAGAGGGCACCGUGUGGGACCGGGUCGCGCGGCCCCACCGGGACUGCAUGUGCUACCUUGGACCGCCGACUACUUUGAUGCCCAUCGGGAUGCACAAGUCCCCCGACGUGAGCCCCAGACGGCUUUCGGACAUCAGCCCUCAGCUCAGACAACUCAAGUACCUGGUGGUGGACGAGGCCAUCAAGGAGGACCUCAAGUCCUCGCGCUCAGUGGAGGACAUCAACAGCGCGUCCAUAGAGGAGCGGAUACUGCGGAUCACCGGUUAUUAUGGAUAUCAGCCCUGGAGUACGAGCUACAAGAGAGAGGAGCGGCCCAGGGAGGCGGCGGCGGGCGCCGCGGACGCGCCGUCGGCCGGCGGCGCGGGCGGAGCCGAGGGCGGCUCCGGCAAACGGAGGCUCCGCUGCUGCGUCCGGGUGACGCCGGCGCAGGUGCGCAAAGCGCUGUGGGGCGUGGCCAUGGUCGUGUGCGUGUGCUCGUCGUGGGCGGGCUCCACCCAGCUGGCCAAGCUCACCUUCCGGCAGUUCGACGCGCCGUUCACCCUCACGUGGUUCGCCACCACCUGGAACUGCCUCUUCUUCCCGCUCUACUACAUCGGCCACCUGUGCAAGAACCCGGAGAGGCAGACGCCCAAGCAGAGGUUCAGGGAGUGCUGCAGGUUCUUCGGGGACGACGGGCUCACACCCAAGGUGUUCCUCACGCGCGUGGCGCCCUUUGGCCUGCUGUGGAUCCUCACCAACUACCUGUACCUGCAGGCCCUCAGGAAGAUCAACACGACGGACGUGUCGGCGCUCUUCUGUUGCAACAAGGCCUUCGUCUUCCUGCUGUCGUGGAUUGUACUGCGAGACCGCUUCAUGGGCGUCAGGAUAGUCGCCGCUAUCUUGGCCAUAGCAGGCAUCGUCAUGAUGACCUACGCCGACGGCUUCCACAGCCACUCAGUCAUCGGAAUCACGUUGGUCGUGGCCUCCGCUUCCAUGUCGGCACUUUACAAGGUUCUCUUCAAGAUGGUCCUGGGCAGCGCCAAGUUCGGAGAGGCCGCGCUCUUCCUCAGCAUCGUCGGCAGCGCCAACUUUGUUUUCCUCAGCUUCGUGCCCGUCAUCCUCUACUUCACGCGCGUGGAGUACAUCGGCUCGCUCGCCAACGUCCCCUGGCUCUACCUCUGCGGGGUGGCGGGCCUGCUGUUUGCUUUCAACGUCCUGGUGAACUUUGGCAUCGCGAUCACGUAUCCAAAGUUAAUUUCCCUCGGCAUUGUCCUAAGUGUUCCCGUAAACGCCAUGGUGGACCUCUACACAUGCGAGAUCCAUUUCAACACGGUGCGCCUCAUCGCCGUGUUCAUCAUCUGCCUGGGGUUCCUCAUGCUGCUGUUACCCGAGGACUGGGACCAGUGCAUCAUCCAGCUGAGCACCAAGCUGCGCAAGCGCGACGAGCCAGCAGAGGGCGCCGGAGAGGCGGCCACGGCCACGGGGCUCAACUGGAGGGGGCGAGCCAGGACGUCCAUGUCAACGUUUGCACAUUGACUCGGUGGAUUGUUAUCACUGGAACACACACACACACACACACACACACACACACACGGUGCCCUGCCCGUCUCAGUCACACAGGAUUUCAGAUCUCCCUUUGAUCGGCCACGGGAGGAGAGACAGAUCGCGUAUCAUCCAUUCAGCGCCUGUUUCACUCAGAAGGUUCAGAGUCGGUAUCAGUUAGGCUCCCUCUUAUUGAGAAGUUCAGGUAUAAAUGCUUUAGUCAUUUUGCUGUACCCCUUAAUUGGUGUGAGCCCAGGAACAUGCCUGAUCUGAUGUACACACACACCUUUAAGAUCCAAAGAAGAUUGCCUAAAAUGCUGAAUGCUUGAUUAGAAGAGGGAGGCCUGCGGUGGGGCCCCUCAGGUGUAAACCUAACGACAUACCUGCCUUUUGUGCACUGUACAUAGUCGUUUUAUUUCACACCGCGGACGUCCUGCAGCCGUCGACCCGAUCGGCUCAUCGGGUGCGAAGGGACCUGUCAGCACGUCUGAGCAUCAGUCUGAGCUGAAGGAGGCCUUCGCGGCAUCUCUCUGCCUCGGCUCAUCGGCAGAGGAGCGAUUAGGCCGCUGUAUUUGGACCAUGCUGAUUAGAUGAACUCCCCCUCUGCCACGGCCGACGUCCAAACCUGAAAAGCAUUAGUGGCUCCGGCCUCUCUGAGAGCUUGUAAAACACUGGAUGGACUAAACGUUUGAUAUUUUAUAUUAAGACAAGGAAGAAAAAAACGGAGCUACCCCUUUAAAAAUCAACCAAUAAACCAGACCUGGAAUUUGUCAUAUUUAACAUCUGGACUCAAGCCUGUCUGGGCUCUAAGUGUACAGCUGUUUCAUUCUGGGCAGAACAACAGUACAUGUUGACACGUGACAGCGAGUCAAAGGUUCCACCGCUUCCAUCGGCCCCGUUCGCGAGGCAGGUCAUCGGCCAGGACGACCCCCCGAGACUCUGCCUUGUUGCGAAUGUACGAACAUCCCUCCACCACACACGCUCUCUCUCUGUUUAUACAGUGCCACCACAGACUGCGGUCCAUGAGACUCGGAUUCCCUCCUCACGUCGACGUCUGACGGAGUCGCUUUCUUUCGUUUUGUUCUUUGGGACUACUUCUGUUUCAGGACGUUUCACGGCCCGUUUUUUGCAUCUGGUGGCAGGACAAGCAUGUUACAGCUGAGUCCACUUCACUGCCUUCUCUUUGGUUCGCAAUGGACUACGUUAGCACUGUUUCCCAUUGUCAUUCUCUAUGACAAUAAAUAAUAAUGAUGUAUUCCUCUGGAAUUAUUGCUAAACAUACAUGUAAACCUUUGUAAGGAAUGACGAUUUUUACACUGAGAUGCAGCAUAAUCUGAGGAAGGAACAUUCAGAAGGUGAAUAAACGAUGGGUUUAUUAGACUGAUGUUGUCUUCCAGUGUAAUCACAUGUAUAAAAAAAUUUCUUUUCAAUAUA